ACAGGAAGAACUGAGGAACGCUCUAUCAACAACGUGGGGGUGAAAUUGGAUGAUGUCUUAAAAUGCCAAAAGCAAAGAUGAAGCUUUUUAUUUUGCUUAUCAUUUUUGGUGUUCUAACUGUUACCUUGAUUUCAAAAUGGAAGCAUAUUUUCGGGCAUACUGCUGAUUACAGCACUGGAAAUCUAUCUGAGGGCACACAAUCAUCUAUAAGCAAUAGUUUGGAUACACACAAUACCCCCAUGUCUAUGAGGUCCAUAAUCCCCAUUAAAAACUCAAGCCAUUUUGCGGUGUCUGCAUUCAUUGAUCACAGGCUCAAUAAAGCUAUUCGAGUUAUCAGCAUAAUCAAAAGAAACAGUAUGCAGCCACUUUAUUGCCUCUACUGCAACAAUGGCAAAGCUUGCGAGUUUACUAAAGCUACAAUUAAGAUACACAGAGAUCAUUUUGGCUUCAAAUUUGGUGCUUCAGAUGUGAUGUGCCAUGGCAAACACACCCAAAAAGCGACGCACAUUGCAAUUUCAGUUGAUGCAGCUGAUAAAGUCUCAGACAUUAAUAACCUAGACUUCCUGCCAGUAAAGAACAGAGUGAAUUAUGAAUUAUUCAAGUACAACUUCACCAUCUGUAUCUCAAACCUUUUUGGGGACUAUAAUAAUGUUCUGCAGUUUGCUCAAAGCAUGGAGAUGUACAAGCUUCUUGGUGUACAACAAGUCAUAAUCUACAACACCAGCUGUGGUUCUGACUUGGACAAACUCCUACAGCACUAUAAGAAAGAAGGAAUUCUAGAGAUUGUGCCGUGGCCUAUUGACCAGUUCCUUAAUCCAUCUGCAGGAUGGGAUGCCACACUGCAUAAAGGGGACCUCCAUUACUAUGGCCAGUUGGUAACACUAAAUGAGUGCAUUUAUAGACAGAUGUAUCAGUCCAAAUAUGUCCUGUUGAAUGACAUUGAUGAGAUCAUCAUGCCCUAUAAGUAUGCUAACCUUGCAUUACUGAUGGAGGCGCUGCAACAGGAGCACAAAUACGUAACAGUAUUUCUCAUAGAGAACCACAUUUUUCCCAAGACACAGUUUGAAGAAAUUGGCAAGUUUCACCGACCAGAAUGGAAAAAUAUUCCUGGUAUCAAUAUUAUGGAACACAUUUACAGAGAACCAGACAGAAAGAACAGCUUCAACCCCACAAAGAUGAUCAUCAAUCCUAGGAACAUGAUGCAAACUUCAGUGCAUUCCAGCCUGAAACACACUGGACAGGUCUAUCGGGUUCCUUUCGAUGCGUGUCGGAUCAUUCACGUGAGAACACCACUACAGGGGAGACUUACCAAAGAGCAAUUAUUUGUUGACACAAGAGUGUGGGACUUUGAGCAAGAACUGAUACCAAAUGUGGAUAGGGCCCUGCAAUUAUCAGGUUUGUUGAGAAGUCCAGAGUGAUACAGGGCUUGUUUUUUUUUAUUAUUGAUUUUGUGCUCUGAAAAGAAAAAUCACCAGAACUCUAGCAAGUGAAUGAAUUUGUUGAAUUUCAUUAAAAGGUUGUAAGAACCAAUAAACUUAUCUGUUUUUAACUUUAACAUUUUCAUAGGCUCAAAAGUAAUUGGACAAUUGACUGAUAAUCAGUUUCCUGGCCAAAUGUGGCCUGUUUACUUGUUAUUUCAAAUCAAAGAAAGGUCUGGAGUUGAUUCCAAGUGUUGAAUUUGUACUUGGUAGCGGUUUAUUGGCACUCUCAAUAUGUAGUCCAAGAUGUGUUGAUGCAAGGGAAAUGGGCCAUCAUUAGGCUACAAAAAUAAAUAAAUAAAUAAAUAAAUAAAUAAAUAAAUAACAGACCAAACAGAGAAAGCACAAACUUUAGGAGUGGGCAAAUCAAGAAGGAGUGUUCAAGGAGUGUUCAAGUCGGGAACACUCAAGAGACACCUACAUGAAUGUAAAUACAGACGGUUUACCUCAAGAUGCAAAUCACUGGUAACACUCCAGUACAGAUAGCACAGAU